AUGCAGGUGCGGAUGACUUCCUCCUCUGCGGCUGCCCGCGCCUCCGCAUUAGCCGCCACCAUUUUCCACCGUGACACGGCCCUCGACGGCCCUUAUCCUCUCCUUCCCACGGCGGGACGCUCUUUCCCGGUGGGACUCAUAGUCUGCCGGAACGGUGAUGGGGAAAGGAGAGGUGUUCCGGCCGGUACCGUUAAACCCUACCCCUUUUUCCUUCCAAGAUUUGCUCGCUCUUCUCCGCAGAUUGCUGAUUCUGUUCGGGCGGCCAUGGCCACCACCAUUGCAACCAGGACACCACAGCAAGAACGCCGCGCCAAGUUCGGCGACGAUUACCACACCCUGGAGCAGGUGACUGAUGCUCUUUCACAUGCUGGACUUGAGUCCUCAAAUCUAAUCGUUGGGAUUGAUUUCACCAAGAGCAACGAAUGGACAGGUAAAGUGUCCUUCCACAACCGGAGCUUGCAUGCAAUAGGGAAUACUCCAAACCCAUAUGAGCAGGCUAUAUCCAUUAUCGGGAGAACCCUCGCACGAUUUGAUGAGGACAAUCUGAUACCAUGCUUUGGAUUCGGCGAUGCUACCACUCAUGAUCAAAAAGUAUUUAGCUUCUAUCCUGAGAACCAGCCGUGUGAUCGAUUCGAACAAGCACUUGGUCGAUACAGAGAAAUUGUUCCACAGCUUCGUUUGGCUGGUCCCACUUCAUUUGCACCUAUGAUUGAGACUGCUAUUGGGAUUGUUGAUAGUAGUGGUGGCCAGUACCAUGUUCUGCUCAUAAUAGCAGAUGGACAGGUUACACGCAGUGUUGACACUGGUAAUGGCCAGUUGAGCCCACAGGAAAGGGAAACUAUAGAUGCCAUUGUGAAAGCAAGUGACUACCCUUUGUCAAUUGUGCUUGUUGGAGUCGGUGAUGGGCCCUGGGAUAUGAUGAGGCAAUUUGAUGACAACAUACCUUCUCGUGCAUUUGAUAAUUUCCAGUUUGUCAACUUCACAGAGAUCAUGUCAAGGCCUAUUCCUACUAGCAAAAACGAGGCAGAAUUUGCUCUUUCAGCACUUAUGGAGAUCCCAGCUCAGUUCAAGGCAACAAUGAACCUCCAGCUUCUUGGCAAACGAAGAGGAUUUCCGCACCAAUCGGUGUUACCUCCACCGGUGAGUGUAUAUCGACAACCCUCUGGAUGCUCAGCAGUCAAGCAGAGUCAAUCGACUAGCACCAGCUAUGGGUCGCCACAGAAGAAUGCAUCAGCACCUCGACAGGACAGUGAUGUGGGUGAUCAGCAGACUUGUCCAAUCUGCUGGUCUGAAGCAAAGAACCUGGCUUUUGGAUGUGGGCACCAGACAUGCGCCGACUGCGGGAAAGAUCUGAAGGAUAAGCCGUCGCAGACAGUUAGCAAAGUGGCAGCAAGACCUGAAGAAAGGCAUAGUAAAGGAAGGAAGGAAGGAAGGAAGGAAGGAGGAGCCGAGGCCUGCAUGACUCCCUCAAUGCCAACCAGGAGGGACGCCUCCCACAGCGGCGCGCUUCUCGGAUGGCAUUCAGGGAGCCAGGCAAGCGGCACCAGCCAGCCAGCCAUACAUGCACUAACCUUUUGCAUCAAGCUGGGCUGCACCAUCCAUCCAUCCAUAGUUCCAUACACGGCUAAGCUGCACCCCGGCAAUACAAUGCCGACGAAACAGCUCCAGAAUUCAAGAAAACUGCGUGUGCGACUGAGAGCAGGAGCAGAGGGGGACCUUCUGACAGCAAGUGCAGGAAUCGUUUCACGCAAGAAGCACAUUGCGCUAUGUGACAUGCACAUCAUUCAAGAACGCAAUAUCGGUCUUUUGGUUGCAUUGGCUAGAGCAUUCACUUCUACAGGAGGCAAGGUGGCCAUUGCACGUGGCAAAGGAGGAGAUUCCCGCAUGCGCUGCCGUGACAUACCGCAGGACACAGGGACAACCAUUUACGUACACACGCAGUUGGAUGAAGCUGAAGGGGCACGUUGGAUGGCGGCCUUCGGCAUCAAUGUCCGCAAACUGGUUCCCCCUAUCCGCGGAUAA